CACUAAUUAACCCUCUGCUCUCCCUGUGUGGGUUAAGUGAGAUAAUUAAAUGUGUUUGGGGGUGAUACCUGUUCACCGUGUCUAACAGAUAGAGAUACGCUGCUUGGGCUACAGAGGUUAACUUUGCUGACUCCUCCCAGCCAUUCCUCGUAGUAAUAAUCGCACCACUUGAGGUUCGCCUUAAAACUGGGAGGGCUGCUCGAGAGCGCCGGGGAAUCGCGAGGAGCUGUCUCCGUUGUGAGUGGUGCUGAAAGUGCCACUCGUCGCAUCAUGUGGUCAGUCUUCUUUAUCUUUUUGUCUUAUCUGGACACAAACGUCAUCAAUGGCGACCUCCUCAGUGGCGCUUUGGACGCAGAGAAGGAGGGUAAAGAAAUGUUCUCUACGCUCAACGGCACCAUGUGCGCAAAAAUGUUCACGGUAGGGGAGAAUUUCCUCUACCUGGUGUCAGACGGAGCCGAGGUGGUGCGCUCAGUCGUCAGUCCUACCGGGAAGCUCGCGAACUGCUCCGUGAUAGUGAACCAGAUGCAGACGAAAUCAUUCAUGCGCGAGUGCAGGUUGGGGCUGAAAGAACAGAGUGCCGGACAACAGAUGGAGGCGCGUUUUGCGCACAUGGAUGAAGCCAAGUUGAUGUGCUGGCAGUUUAAGGAGAGGGCGGGUAAGGACGACAGCGAGGAUUCGGCUGUGCAGGAGCAGGUUCUGAAGAGAUCCAAGAGAGGCUUUACUUAUCCUGGGACCCUGUGGUGUGGAGCCGGGAACAUGGCUGAUAGUUAUGACCAGCUGGGGGAGUUUGCAGAGACUGACAGCUGCUGUCGCAUUCAUGACCACUGCCCUCAUGUUAUCCACGCUUUCUCCUCAAACUAUGGUUACACCAAUUUCAAGUGGCACUCUAUCUGCCAUUGUGACUGUGAUAUUGCGCUAAAAAAUUGUUUGAGGAAAGUCAACGACACAUCUUCCCGAGUUGUUGGUCAGGCAUUUUUUAAUGUCAUCGGUGUUCCCUGCUUUGAGUUUGCUUAUGAAGAGCAGUGUGUAGAGCGGCACUGGUAUGGCCUGUGCAAACGAUAUGAGAAGCUCCCUGUUGCUGUGAUAAGAGAGGCAGUGCCGUAUGACUUUGGGGGUAUUGACAUCAUCGAUGAGCUGACAGUGGCUCCUCCCAAGUCGAAAAAUUCUAAGAAAAACAAUGAAGAAGAGAAUCCAGAGAGUGCAACUCAGUCGACGAUGUCUGGUCCAGAGGAGCCGUCACUCAGAAACGUUGUCACUGCCGCCGAGGAUUUCAUCAAGGUCCUCGCAACUGUCUCCACUUCUCAAAGCUCCAGUGCCGACUCUGAUAAGAAAGAGGAGCAAAGUUCAGAGAAGAAGAAGAGGAAGAACACAGGGAAGAAGAAGAAAACCAACAAAAAGCAAAAAGGAAAAGGAAAGGGGAGGAAGAGAAAGCUAAAAGCAGAGGCAGGUGUGAAAGCAGAGGAAGGAGCUGCUGUUACACCCUCAGGCAGCAAAGCAGAAGUCAAGUCUCUGACUAACUUCAUCAGUGAGUCACAAAGAUAUGAUCAGUCGAGCAAAAACACAAACAGAGUCGAUGAGAGUGAAUUUGGGCUCCAAGGAAAAGAGGAGCCAUUAAAUGAAGUCAUGAAAGAUGAACCAGUUAUAGAUAACGAGACAGUUUCCAUUACGUCACCUGCAAGAGUCCAGAAGAAGCCAGCAGAGUCGGUCGCUGCUGUGCUGACAGAAGAAGUCGCUCCCUCAACAAGCACAGCUGUUAUACAUAAAGCCAAAACCAGAAGGGAAAGAAAGAGGAGGAGAAAGAAGGGCAAAGAAACUCUUCUUUUUUCUCCCAGAGAUCUUGUAGCAAACACAGCAGAAGCCCUAAGCCUUGUUUCUGUCCCCACCAUCAUUACCAUAACCCCACCCGCACAGCCUGAGCAACAAAGCUUUGGGAGUGACACUGAAACGCGACCUAUCGACAGCAUUACCAAUACCCCCACUGUUAUGAACAGGUCAAAGGAGAGAAAAGUCACAGAGGGCAGGAAGAAAAGGAGGAAAGCCAGCUCUGUGUCUCCCAUUGUGCCUGUUGCUCAACUAAAUUCCUCUCUGGACAAUCUGAAAGUGAUCCCUCUCACUGGGGUUCCCACCACACCGUUGAUCCCCACCGCAGAGCACCAGCUUUCCCACAGGCUGGACGUUCACCCAGGGAAGAUCCAAGUUACGGUUCUGAACGCUUCCUUUAGUGUUUUGAAAGGGCAAAGGUUGAAAGAAAGUGGGAUGAGAAACAAGAGGAGGAAAGCAGGUGUGCCUCUUUCAAGAGAAAUACCACUUUUUUCCUCCAACAGCUUUGAAAAUACGCUCCCUGUUCUCAUGACUCCAGACACUCGUGUUGCUCUCAGCAGCCCUGAAAGAACUGCUGCAGUGGAAGAUACACAAAUGCACAGCGAAUGGAGGCUUUUUGCCACAGCCAUGCCCACUAUUGGCAUAAAAGAGCAGCGGCAGGCAGCCAGACGGCAGAGAAAAGUGGGAAAGAAAGCUGCUGCUCUUGGUGAUGGAUUUUCUGCUGCUAAACAAACUGACCCAAUCACAUUUGCAAGCAUGCCAUCCAAUGCUGCAACCACAGAAGAGCUUAGAUCUGAAAAACCCUUCGCAACCACUGUAGCACCACUGGACAUGAGUCCACUUCAGUUAUCUAUUGAGAGAGCUAAAGCACAUUUCACCAGGAAGAAGAGAAGGAAAAUGAGGCUGACUAACAGCCAGCAAUGAGCCACGGAGUGCCAGCAUGGCAGGAUAGAUAGAGAGACACACACACAGCUUUAGCUGCUUAGAUUAGCUCCUGGUGACCAGACAUGCUAUACAGUGUAGAAUAUUUACAUAUUACACUGCACCUUUUUCUGGCUGUAAUUGUUGGAAUGGAAAAAAAAUAAUAUUUUAUUGUGAGA